AUGUUGCCGAAGCGGAGGGAAACAAGCGCGAGGUGCACCUCGACGGGACGAGUCACGGCCAAGCUGCUGCUAUCUUUCCUCGCCCUCUCCGCGGCCCCCGUCGCUGCGGUUGACCAUGGAGGGUCAGAUGCGCAGUUUGUCCUCCCGAUCGAGGCCGCUCCGGUAGCUCCGUUGAUACCCGAACCACCGGCCCCAGCGGAACAUACCUUUACCCUUCGACACAUCUAUCAUCACGGCACCCACCGACACCCAGGACUCCAUCGUAAACAGGACAUCGACGAUUCGAGCGCGGACGUAUGGCUGGCCGCUGAAGAUGGCUUCGAGGCUGAGCGCAUGGGGCCACUCCGGGCGCGGAGCAAUGCGGUUCGGAUCGAAAGACUGGCGGACCGGCGGCCGAGUGUGGUAGAUCCGAUUGUGGCCGAGUCGCGGCAGCAGGGGUUUGUCUCGGUGAUGUCGCCAUCCGCGUGGACGGUCGACGAUGUUGCCGGGCCAGACGUCACCGAUAAAGGCACCGUUUUGUCUCUCGCCUUGAUGGCGUCGGAUGCAUAUGCGGCAGGCCCGGGCGAUGCGGACUGGGAAGAUGUCGGCGCACCUUUCAAUCGGAGCCUCGACUUUGGCUGGGAGGGCGAUGGACUCCGGGGACACGUGUUUGCGGAUGAGAAUAACUCGACCAUUGUUAUCGGGCUAAAGGGGACCUCGCCCGCUGUUUUUGACGGGGAUGGGACCACCACCAACGACAAAGUCAACGACAACCUUUUCUUCAGCUGCUGUUGCGCGCAGCAGGGGCCGUGGACCUGGCACCAGGUCUGCGAUUGCGCGACUGGCACCUACUCUUGCAACAACACCUGUGUCACACGAGCGCUGCGCGAGGAGAAUCGAUACUACCAGGCAGCGCGCGAGCUGUACGCCAACGUCACGGAAGUGUACCCCAACUCUCAAGUCUGGAUCGCCGGCCACUCGCUGGGUGGUGCUGUCAGCUCGUUCCUCGGCCUCACCUAUGGCGUUCCAGUGGUGACUUUCCAGGCCGUUCCCGAUGCCCUCGCGGCCGGACGUUUGGGCUUGCCGAUUCCCCCGGGAGCUGACCCAAGUGCGCCCCAGGCCAGAGAGUACACCGGGGCAUACCACUUCGGUCACACGGCCGACCCAAUUUACAUUGGAACCUGCAAUGGAGCCACGGCAUCGUGCUCCUUCGGCGGCUAUGCCCUGGAGACAGCGUGCCACACCGGACGGGAAUGUGUCUACGAUACUGUCGGUGACAAGGGCUGGCGUGUGGGGAUCGGAACCCACAAGAUUCGGUCGGUCAUCCGGGAUGUUAUUUUGAAGUAUGAUACCGUCCCCGAGUGCAAGUUCACGCCGGAAUGCCGCGAUUGCGGGAACUGGAAGAUGUACGAGAGCAACGGGACCGAGAGUACCACCACGACCUCGAGCGCUCCGACUUCGACGUCAUCCAAAACCCGUACCCGGACGGAGACUUGCAAGACACCGGGCUGGUGGGGCUGCUUGGAUGAGACCACCACGGCGACUGGGACGGAGACGUCCGAGGUCACGACUACCACGUCCACGUCCACGUCAUCGACCUCUACUUGCCUUACACCGGGCUGGUUUGGGUGCAAGGACAAGACGACGAGUAUCGUGGCGACAACCACCACUUCCACUAUCCCAACACAGACCAGCACCAGCUGCCUAACACCGGGCCGGUUCUGGGGAUGCAACGAUGAGACGACAUCAGGGGCCGGCGCUACUACGACCACCACUCCCGAGGGACACAGCACUAUCACAUCACCACCUAGCCUGCCGGACCCCACGACGACGCCUUCCGCUGCUCCGACGAGCUCUGGGCCUCCGAGCAAAGAGACGUGCGUUGACCGGGCCUGGUAUGGGCGGUGCAGGGAGUGGGAUGGCGAGGCCCCUGAGGGUAACGAGGACAUGUAA